AUGGAAUUCAUCUCCAUUAUCUUAGUUGAGGCAGGAACUGAAAAAUCUUUGAAUGGGUUUGAUAUUCAAGAAGCUGAAUAUGGUGGACAUGAUCAGAUUGAUUUGUAUGAUGAUGUCAUUUCUCCAUCUGCAAAUAAUGGAGAUGCCCCAGAGGACCGUGAUUAUAUGGACUCUCUCCCACCAUCUGUGGGAGAUGAUGUAGGUAAAGGAGCAGCACCAAAUGUGGUCUAUACCUAUACUGGAAAGAGAAUUGCAUUAUACAUUGGGAAUCUUACCUGGUGGACAACAGAUGAAGACUUAACUGAAGCAGUUCAUUCUCUGGGAGUUAAUGAUAUUUUGGAGAUAAAAUUUUUUGAAAAUCGUGCUAAUGGCCAGUCAAAAGGGUUUGCUCUUGUAGGUGUUGGGUCUGAAGCAUCCUCAAAAAAGCUGAUGGAUCUGUUGCCUAAAAGAGAACUGCAUGGGCAGAAUCCUGUUGUAACUCCAUGUAAUAAACAGUUCCUGAGUCAAUUUGAAAUGCAGUCAAGGAAAACUACACAGUCAGGUCAGAUGUCUGGAGAAGGUAAAGCUGGUCCUCCAGGAGGUAGUUCACGUGCAGCAUUUCCACCAACUAACAGAGGACGAGGCCGUUUUCCAGGUUCCAUUCCAGGUGCGGACAGAUUUCCUGGACCUGCAGGGCCAGGAGGACCACCGCCUCCUUUUCCAGCUGGACAGAAUCCACCGCGUCCACCCCUAGGUCCUCCUGGUCCACCAGGCCCUCCAGGUCCCCCUCCUCCUGGUCAGGUUCUUCCUCCUCCAUUAGCUGGGCCUCCUAAUCGCGGUGACCGUCCUCCUCCUCCAGUUCUGUUUCCUGGACAACCCUUUGGUCAACCUCCACUGGGGCCACUUCCUCCUGGACCUCCACCUCCCGUUCCAGGCUAUGGCCCACCUCCAGGUCCACCGCCACCACAACAGGGUCCACCUCCUCCACCAGGCCCUUUUCCCCCUCGACCCCCUGGUCCUCUUGGGCCACCCCUGACACUUGCUCCUCCUCCACAUCUUACUGGGCCACCUCCAAGUGGUCCCCCACCUGCACCACAUGUGAAUCCAGCUUUCUUCCCCCCACCUGCCAAUAGUGGUAUACCUACUUCAGACAGCCGUGGUCCACCACCAACAGAUCCAUAUGGUCGACCUCCACCAUAUGACAGAGGUGACUAUGGGCCACCUGGAAGGCGUUUCACUGGAAAUAACAUGUCCAUAAGAGAAAAAUUACAUAUUCCAUUCUAUGGGAGGCACACGAAAAAUAAUACUCAAAACUCAGGGAGAGAGAUGGAUGCUGCAAGAACACCCUUAAGUGAAGCAGAGUUUGAAGAAAUCAUGAACAGAAAUAGGGCCAUCUCAAGCAGUGCCAUUUCAAGAGCUGUGUCAGAUGCCAGUGCUGGUGACUAUGGAAGUGCUAUAGAAACCUUAGUAACUGCAAUUUCCUUAAUUAAACAAUCCAAAGUAUCUGCUGAUGAUCGUUGUAAAGUACUUAUUAGCUCUCUUCAGGAUUGUCUUCAUGGAAUUGAGUCCAAGUCUUACGGAUCUGGAUCAAGAAGACGUGAACGAUCAAGGGAGAGGGACCACAGUAGGUCGAGAGAAAAAAGCAGACGUCACAAGUCCCGUAGCAGAGAUCGUCACGAUGACUAUUACCGGGAAAGAAGCCGUGAGCGAGAGAGACAUCGUGAUCGUGACAGAGAUCGCGACAGAGAGCGUGACAGAGAACGAGAGUAUCGUCAUCGUUAAAGAAGCUGAAGGAAGAGGAACACCUUGCAAGACAAGAAACAUUCUUCAAGGAAAGAUGCUUGUCCAGCAGUUUGCUUCUUGUGAUUGAACUGAGCCUGUAAGGAUUCAUGGAUAAAAUGAACAGGAAUAGAUCUGAAUAAAGCAAAUCUGCAUACAUGGUAACCAGUAGCUCUUUUACUUUUUUAUGUUGCUUAAUUGUUUUAUUUGAGGGAAACCUGUGUGAUUUAAAACUUAUAGCUUUUGCAACUUUAUUACUGGUUAUAUACAUUUGGCAAUUAUAAUGUGCAAGCAAUUGGAAAAAAAGUCAAGUAAAUGCUUGUUUUUAUAGUAGUUUGUUCUUGUUAAAAAUGUUCAUAUGAUAAUGUCUGUACACGGCACCACUUUGAUUACAAUAGAUGUAGUGUUGUAAUAAACUGUUUAAUGGGGCUGAUGUGUAAAGCUGUUCAAGUUAUUUGAUGUUUACACCUCAGGGAAAGUCUUGUGUUCAGCAAUAUUUAAAGAUAAUGUUACUAUGAAAACAUUUAUACUGUCUUCAAAAAGCGUUGCAAUAACUUCUGCAUAAGCAUCAACCUAAUCUUGCAUUCAGUGAGUUAAGCAUACUAAUGUCACUUGCACAUUUGAUUUUUGAUAUUAAAACAGGUGAUGAGAUGGUCUUUAAUUCUAUUUUGCUUUUCUAGCAAUUUUUACAUAGAUGGCUUGUGAAUUUGCUAAAAGGCAUAUAAAGCUGUAAAAACUGCAGUUUGUUUGUCAUUCUGUUACACAGUCUGUCAUCGUUUUUUGGGAGGAGGACCGGGGUUGAUUUUACUUAAAUUGAAACCUACAGUUUAUAGUUUGACUAAUAUUAACAUUAUUUUUAUUUAAACUGUUAAUAUUGGGGAAAUGUCCCUUUGAAAAUACAGCUGCAGUUAUUUAUGGUUUUAUAUUAAUAGGCUUUUGUGUGUUCCAUUUUUCCCCAAGGCCAGAUACGGUCUGUAUGUAGGUGUAUAUUAGAUAAAUGUGAUUGAAGAAACCAAUUGUUUCCAUUUUUUCUAGCUAUCUAUUCCAAUGGGUGUGACAUUUUUCUUGACCCUCUGGGGUUUCAUAGGUUAACUCACACAUCUGUGUAAAGGAAAAGGUAUACAUGUGCGUCCCUUGUUCACUGAUGGACAAUAUUGAACCGUCUUAACAAAAAAAUGAAGCUAAUUAAAUCAGUCAUGAGGUUUUGCAAACUUACCUAAAAACAUUAUAGGUUAGAAUUCAAACUUUCUGAAAUUUAGAACAAAAAACAAAGGACACAAGCAGACUUCAAAUACCUAAUUUAUUUCUAUGUGUUGUGAGGUAUGAAAAGGAAAGACAAUAAUAGGCAAUGGGUAUAAUCACUCUUAGCAAAUUUACAAUUUGCAUUUGGCAGGUCUGUACAGGUAGAUGUACUUUCUUAAAACUGGGUUGCUUUAACAGAUUAUUCUCAGAAGCUUUCACUUGGAACAGUUUGCUUGCAGAAUGGGGUUUAUUGUUUAAAGUUAAGUUUCAAGACCUCAUUGACUUUUAAAAGGUUCUCUCUCAAACAAUUCUGAUUUUGCUUGUUACUGAAUUUUAGUUCAGUGAGUAAAAUCCCCCUAGGAGGUUAAGUUCUCAGACACUGUUAGGAAAGCAUGUCUGUUGUACAGAAGCACUUAAAACACACAAACGAGUCCAAUUGACUCCAUGAAAUUUAAAUAUGUGCUUAUGUGUUGUUUGCAUAAGCUCAUGGCUGUGUCCUUUUACUGAAUUGGGGUUUAUAUUCUGUGCCAUUGUAAAACCUUUGCAUUACAAUAAGAAUUCAAAUUUAAUGUUUUUGUUACCUACCACAAAGCUAGAUUUUUCCUGCAAAGGCUGAUACCAUUGGACUUAGCCACAGGCUUUUGUCCAUUUUUAUUUCUUAAAUUGUAUACUUCAGGUUCUCGUGCAUGGGAUCAUUGGUGUUUGUCAAACUAUUUGCUAUUGAAAAAAAAAUUUCAGAUGUAUGUUUAACCCUGUUUAAAAGUGAUUAACUGCCUUCAAAAAUUGUGUAUCCUGAAAGUUGUAUCAGACAUCAUAUGACUGGUUUUCUUGUUUUUGUGAAUAGGUGUUAGUUUCUGAUGCAAUUUUUAACUUUGUUUACUUACUGUGUGUAAUAAGUUUAGGGGAAGAAAUAACCUGCAAUAUGCCUAUUAAAUGGCAGGUAGCUAAUACGGAAGGGGCAGCAGGUAAGUAAUGUGUCUACAUGGAUAGAAAUUUUAAACCUGUAACAAGAAACUUUUUAAUUCCAUAACUAAAAUUAAAGUAAUUUUAUGCAGGAACUGAUAUUUUUUUAGUCUACAUCAUUUGAAAUCUGAACUCUGCCAAGGGAUACUGCUUUCUGUUGGGUAUCAUUUCCCUUCCUUCAUCUUUCUUAUAGAGUUUCCAUUGCUGGCAAUGGAGGUAAAAUUUUCAAUACAAGAGUUAAAUAUAAACUUCUGAUGGACGUCUAUGUAGAUAAUUAGUUGAGGUCCCAAUAUGAAGGCAGUAAUUUCUAACUGAUUUCUCUCUUCAUUGGAGUGGUUUAAUACCUUGAAAUUAAGAUGAUUCUUCAGUAUUUUAGGUUUAUUUCUGUCAGAUCUAUUUUGGUUUAAAGAAGAAAAAAAUGCAGGUGGGGGGGUGAGGGGAGGGCAGAGAAUGUUCCAAAGACCGUAUUCGCACCAAAAAGGAGUAUGUCCCAGUAUACAUUUCAUGCUGUAACUGGAUCUGAAGUGAAAUUCCUACCUAGCUUCAGAUUAUUCAUAUUACUGGCAAUUUUCUGGGCCCUCUCAGGAUCUAUCAUCUUGUUAAUUUACUAAUUUCUGAUGAUGCCUCAAUUGCUGCUGAAGUGUUCUUUGGUAUUCAAUUGUAAUUAAUCUGCUGUUGGUGAAAGGACAGAUAGUCUGUUCAGAAGUGUUUGAUGUCCUGUAUGUGGGCUUUCACAAGUAACAGUCAAGUAGCAUUGUAAGGCUCUUGUCCUUCACUUUAAUAAAGGAAUUAAAGUAUGGCUUAAUAUAGUGCAUGAUAGAAGCAGCAGAAAUAAAGUAGUUUUACAGUAAGAUUAGCCAAGAACAUUGGUCUCCUUUUGGAAAAGCUGUUCUGACAAGUA